AUGGGAUAUCCGUGCCGCACCGUGCUGCUGCGGCACAGCACGGUGGGACCUUUCGGUGACAACGGCGACCUUUCGGCAGGUGGAGUCCAUCAUGGAUCACAUGGACAUGGAGGAUUCCAAGUCAGCCUUCCAGGGCUUCCAGGGCUGGUGGAGUUUCUCCAAAGUAUGACUCUGUUGGCCUAUUUCGAGCCAGUGAGGAAAUGGUGUGAAGAACAAGGUGCUUGUGAUGUCAUGGAACUCGUGGAAAAUGCGGAUGAUUUGGCCGCAGCUUUGAUGUUGCCCCCCACCAAACGAGAUGAGUUGAGGAAUGGCGCCGCAGUGGCCAAAGCCAUCAGUGAGAAAUACGUGGCGUAUUUCGCCAAGCCGAAGUUGAACAAAAUGAACAAAGCCCUGAGUACACCGGUGACACAGACAGAAACCCAGCGAGCACAGACAUCACAGGCACAGACGGCACAGACUGUUCGCCUUGGGAUGGCUGUGCUGCAUGCUGCUUUGGCUCCCAUUGGUGAAGGCAUUGGUGAAGGCAUGGAACAUAUGGAACGAACGGAAACGGAUUACUGGGAUCAGAUGGAAAAUGCCGCGCACCAAAAGGCCAUGGAGGAUCCAAUCCUCUCCCGCGACUGUGAAGUCAUCAAACGUGGAUCCCAAAAGGAAGACUUCUACUGUUAUUGGCAUGUUGAUCAGCACUUGCUUCGGCAGCGCAUUCCCAGCGAUGCUGAAAUCGAAGUGAAGGAUCGAGCCCUGAAGGCUGCCAGGGAGGAGAUCAUGGAAGAGUGGGGACCUGAUGACUACCAGACAGCUGCCAAGACAUCCAAAUAUGCGGCCUUUGAUGAGAUGCGACAGCAGUUUCUGGAACAAUAUGCUGGAAACCUUCAUGCCGAACUGGGAAAGGGAUACAAGUUGACACCGGCAGAAGUAGCACCUGGCAUCAAGGAGCAGUUCGUGAAGGAACAGAAGGAAACCUCAGCCGUGCCAGACUAUGGCUAUCAUGGAACCAAGGUGGCCAACAUUCCCUCCAUUCUCAGCACAGGUUUGAAGGUCCCUGGCCAGAAAAGUGGUGUGAGAGUCGCCAACGGUUCUGCCCAUGGGGUGGGCAUCUACACUGGGAUGCCAGGAAAUCUUUGGCUCUCAAAAGGCUUCAGUGACACUCCGAACAUGUUGAUUUGUGGAGUCCUUGACCCUGAUGCUCCACCCAGACCACGAGUGGCAGUAGCUGCACCCAAGGCAGCUACAGUGACAGCACCGUUGAAAAGUGGCCAUCGAAAUCAUCAUCGACCUGCAGCUCCUGUUGUAGCCGCUGCACCAGCUCCAGUUUAUGCCUGCACGGAAUUCCGAAAGAAUGAUGAGAUCAAAGUGGUUGGAGGAGCACGAGUUAUCUUCAAAGAAGAGCGGGUAGCACCGCUUUUCAUUGCUCAACCGGCCAACUCUUCUGAAACAUUUUCUCCACACCAAGUACAUGCAAAGGCAGCUUCACGGGGUGGCAGCAAGGGUCAAGUCUACAUCCCAGAGACUGGCGAAGUGGUUUGGGACUGUUGGGAAGCUGUUCGCUGCACCGAGACCCGUCGUUUGAAGCGCAGGCUAGUAGCAAAGGAGCGACAGCAACAGCGCCAAUCGUUGAGGCUUCUGAAGAGUACAGAACAAGAAACCUUCGGAGAGUACAGUUCUCCUUGA